AUGUCACAAUCAGUAGGAUACAGUUCUACACCACCUUCUUCGUCAUCUAGAUUCUCACAACCAUCCGUUUCUUCAUUAUCUUCACCACCCACAUCAUUAUAUUCCAAUCCACAACAUCCAUCAAGUAGUAGCAGUUCAAGUAUAAAUACUAUCAAUAAUGCUAAUAGCAAUCCGAAUAGAAGAGAAUCAGUCAGAUCAAGUAUACAACCUUCUUCAUUACAACAACAGUUAUUCGGUAGUAGCUCCAAUACCAAUAUCAGUGGUGGAGGUGGUGGUGGAUCUCAAUAUCAGCCUAUUUUAGAUAGAUCAUUGAAUAAAUCGAAAGGUUCUGAAAUAGCACUUUCAGCUUGGGCAUUCAUGUUCGCUGAAAUCAUUUCUUAUUCACAAAGUAGAGUUGAUAGUGUUACUGAUUUGGAGAAGAGAUUGUCAUCUUUAGGAUACGAAGCUGGACAAAGAAUUUUAUCAUUGUUGUUACUACGUAAUACCCAAACAUCAAAUCUAAAGGAUCCAAAAAGAGAACAUCGUUUAAUACCAAUAUUACAAUUCGUUCAUACACAAAUAUACAAAUACGUAUUCGGUAAACCUGCUGAUGGUUUAGAAAGAGGUUCAGAUGCUUUAGAUGAAUAUAUGAUCAUUUUAAAUGAAUCACCUUUGACUCAAUUCAUAUCGGUACCUAAAGAUAUGUCUGAUUUAUCUUGUGAAGCUUUUACAGCUGGUAUGGUAGAAGCUGUCUUAGAUGGAUUAGAUGUGCCGGCAAGAGUUACAGCUCAUUGGGUAGGUGAUAGAUAUCCCGAACAUCCUCAACGUACAGUCAUUUUAAUCAAAUUAGAUCAAAAAGUCAUGGACAGAGAAGAAGCUUUGGGAAAGUGA